CAUUGGCUGAACUGACGGGGUAUUCUCCGAGUUUGGCAUCAUGACGAAUGACUCUCACGACCACGGCGCUACUAGCAGUUUCGAAAGGAAACAACAUCUCGACGGUAUUUCGCAUCAAUCCUCAACGUGCACGUAUUGUAAGAAGACGUUCGAAAUUCCGGCGUUCUCACGGCACCAAAACCGAUGCAAAGCGAAGAAGGGGAACAACAAACAUUGUCAGACAUUAACGUUUUGCAUCCUGAACGACUCUGUGUUCCAGCAUAUUCUCAGUUUCCUUACUAACCAAACGCUCACCAAGCUGCAGAUGAUUACAGGACUUCGAUAUCCAGACUGCAAGCCUCAGCUAGCCAGAUACUGCUGCAAGUGUGAGAACGACAAUCCUGUGAUUCUUCGUGGACUUUGUCGAGAGUGCGAAGCAACGACAGAAGGAUACGAACCCCUCGUAAGCAAGAAAGUAGCAAAAGAGCGAUACUGUGUUAAGGACAUCUUAGCGAUACCGUGUCAAGACCGUAGAAGCAACACGCUAUAUGAUCGAGUUGCGUUGGAGAAUCACAUGCUCACAUCUUGCGGGUCGAAGUUGAGGUGGUUACGAGUCAUCGCGAAGCGAGGUAUCUACAGGAAACAACAGGAGACUGCUACACAACGACGAGAAUAUGAGAGACGAUUGUUUCUUGAGUCUCUGACAAAAGGAUUCUCGUCGUACGUCGAGAGUGUAUCGUGGAAAGAGACGAACGAAGACAAACUAGAAAGCGCCGGUAGCCGGUUCGUCGUGCUUUCUGGAGCUCUGGAGACCCGCGGUCUUCGACUCCGAGUCGAUUCGUAUAUCUGCAAAGAGUUCAUUCUUUGGGGUUAUGGAUACGUGAGUGAUGUGGUUGAUACAAUGGAGGAAAUGAACUUCCUCUUUACUCAUACCGAUUACGAACAGCUUUGUGCGCAGCGCAUUAAUGCAUUACAGGACGAGUGGGGUGGCUGGUUUCGCCGUGAGUUGAUGAACGACGUGGUCCAGAAAUGUCGGGAAAAGCUGAAAGCACAGCUGUGCAUCGAUUUUCUCGUCGAGAGCAGGGGGAUUGUUCUACCGCAAAAGUGGGAAAGCUGUCGUCCGAGGUUUGAGGAAGUAACGUCGUUGGGCAUCGAGCCAAAAUUGCAGGCACUUUACAUUUACUCGGGGGUAGGAUGCCCCCAAACUUCGCAAAUGUGAGGACUACAGGUCCAACGUCAAUUAGACAACUUCUAUGAAAACCG